UACAUAAGUCGCGGACUCCCGCUUAGGUGAAAUCUGGGGGUUCCAACGUUCCAAGUAGAGGAAGGAUGGCUCGAAGCGAAGAUUUCGUGUACCGAAUCAGUACGAUGGAUGAGUGGGAAUCACUGCAGAAAACAGGCAGCACUUUUGGCGGGGAGCUUGACCGAACCACUGGCUGUAUACAUCUCAGUAAGCUCCACCAGGUUCAACCAACUUUGCUGAACUUUUUCCUGAACGUUAAGGAUGAUUUGUACUUGCUGCAGAUCGAUGCUAAAAGGCUUGGGAAUGGGUCGGUUUAUGAAGCUGUCGAUGACUCAAAUGUCUUUCCUCACUUUUAUGGCCCAUCUCGGAGUUUCAGUCCUCUACCACUAGAUGCAGUCAUUAAAUGGGAGAAGUUAGUGAUGUCGGAUGGAAAAUUUAUAUGCAGCAUGCUCAGUUGAGUGACUUUAUUCCUUGCAUUUCAGCCAUUGUGUUCGUGUGCUAUAAUAUUAACGUAAUACGUGAAUCCAAACAGUUGUGGGACACUGAAUGGGAUUGAUGAUCUCAAAAUUAUUGGCUUAAUUUAUGUUUCUUUUAUUC